GGCAGCUUCGAUUUGAAAAUCAAAAACGAACUCUCAAACAUACACAAACACAGACGACCUAUAUUGGAUAUGGUUUUCAUACGUGAUCCCUGUGGCAUUAUCUGCCUGAUUGCUACCUAUGGCGCCGUUAUCUAUGCAGAUUACGUGGUAAUUUGCUGGAUAAUACCGGCAACAAUGCCACUAAGUAUUGGAGUCUUACAGGUUGUGCUCUUCAAUGCGGUUGUCUUCCUGCUAGCCAUGUCGCAUUCGAAAGCAGCUUUCUCAGAUCCGGGCUUUGUAUUGCUGCCCGCCAAGCGGCUUGACUUCUCCGAUUUACACUCUAGCAAUGGCCGUGCUACUGAAUGGACUUUGUGCACGCUCUGCGAGAUUUAUAGGCCACCACAGGCUCAUCAUUGUACGGUAUGCCAGCGAUGCAUACGCCGCAUGGAUCAUCAUUGUCCGUGCAUUAACAAUUGUGUGGGCGAGUGCAAUCAGAAGUACUUUCUACAGUUUCUGUUCUAUGGGGGCAUUCUCUGUCUCUACUCCGUGGCGCUGGUACUCGUCUCUUGGAUAUUUCCGUGUACGGAAUGCAGUCAGAGUUUAAUUGAGACCCAAUUGAUGCAUACCAUAGUUUUGAUGAUGGAAUCGACGCUGUUUGGUCUGUUUGUGACCCUCGUUAUGCUGGAUCAGCUGAGCGUCAUAUUGUACGAUGAGACGGUGUUCGAGGCGAGAGAGCAAAAGGGUGCAUAUUGGUCAAAAAAUCGUAGAUAUCAAAUGUUGGCGAAAGUAUUUGGCCCAGGGCAUCCGAUGCUUUGGCUUCUGCCCCGCGCUAGCCUAAAUGACGCCACAAGCUAUCACGACGCGGCGCUGCUCAGCCACGAAGUGUAGAAGCUGCGUCCUAUAAAUCCU